AAUUCAAUUCUCUUUCCCUUUUUGUUCUGGGGUUAUUGAGUUCUUGGAGAAUUUGACUUUCCUGGUGUCUGGGGAUCGAGGAGAUGACUCUUUUCAUUGAAGGUUGAUUUUUGAGGUCUUUUUAUUAAUGGGGUUCAAUAGCUUUGAGUGCUGAAGAACUCGUAGGAUAUGAAUCGAAGAGUGAGGCAGAAACGUGAAUAUUGUCGGGGAAAAGAUCAGACAAACAUUAGUUCGAAGACCCCUAAGUGUGGAUGUUUGAGUUCAGCUACUAUUUCUGGAGUUGAUUGGACAACCUUGCCUGAUGAUACAGUUAUUCAACUCUUCUCUUAUUUACACUAUCGAGACCGAGCUAGCUUGGCAUCAACUUGUCAAACAUUUAGGCUUUUAGGUUCUUCGCCCUGUUUAUGGGGGUCGCUGGACCUCCGCUCUCACAAAUUUGACACUGCAGCUGCUGUCUCACUCUCCCCACGAUGCAAGAAUCUCCAGAGACUUAAAUUUCAUGCAGCUGGGUCAACAGAUGCAAUAGUUAGUCUUCAAGCAAGGAAACUUCGAGAAAUUAGUGGUGAUCUCUGUCGAGACAUUACAGAUGCUGCACUUUCAGUGAUAGCUGCAAGACAUGAGAUGCUUGAGAGUGUCCAUCUUGGUCCAGAUGCUUGUGAGAGAAUCAGCUGUGAUGCAAUAAAAGCACUUGCAUAUUGCUGCCCAAGGUUGCAGAGGCUUUGGAUGUCAGGUGUUAAGGACAUUAAUGGAGAUGCUAUUAAUGCUUUGGCUAAGCAUUGUAGGCAGUUAAAGGAUGUUGGGUUUGUGGAAUCAGACAACAUUGAUGAAGUGGCUCUUGGAAACUUGAAUUCGGUUAAAUUUUUAUCAGUUGCAGGGACUAGAAACUUGAAAUGGGGAUCUGUAGCACACGUUUGGAGUAGAUUGCCUAGCUUGAUAUGUUUAGAUGUUUCUAGAACUGACAUAAAUCUAAGUGCUGUUACCGGAUUUCUGUCAUCGUCCCAAAAUUUGAAAGUAUUGUCCGCCUUGAAUUGCCCUGUUUUUGAGGGUGAAGUUGACAGUAUCUCGAUGUAUAAUCAUAAAGGCAAAAUAUUGCUUACUUUUCUGAGUGACAUGUUCAAGGGAGUGACAUCAUUAUUUGCCGACAGUUCUAAAAAUGUUACUGAUGUGUUUCAGUACUGGAGGAGAUUAGUGAAUAGAGAUAAAAACGUGGAUGAAAUUGUUGUUUGGAUUGAAUGUGUCUUUUCGCAAUCACUUUUGCGUAUCGCUGAAAACAAUCUGAAGGAGUUUGAUGAUUUCUGGCUUUCACAAGGGGCAGCCGUAUUACUCAGUUUGUUGCAAAGUUCACAGGAGGAAGUUCAAGAAAGAGCAGCUACGGCUGUUGCAACCUUCGUAGUCAUUGAUGAUGAAAAUGCAACUGUUGAUUGCAAAAGAGCUGAGGCAAUUUUACGGGGAGAUGGAAUAAGGGUGCUUUUGAACCUUGCAAGAUCUUGUCAAGAGGGGCUUCAGUCUGAAGCAGCUAAAGCCAUAGCAAACUUGUCCAUAGAUUCAAAAGUUGCAAAAGCCGUUGCUGGAAGUGGAGGAAUCAAUAUUCUUGCCAACUUAGCAAAAUCGAUGAACAGAUUGGUAGCUGAAGAAGCUGCUGGGGGUUUGUGGAAUCUUUCUGUUGGGGAUGACCAUAAGGGUGCCAUUGCAAAGGCCGGUGGUAUAAAAGCUUUAGUUGAUCUUAUAUUCAAAUGGCCUUCCAGCAGUGAAGGGCUCCUCGAACGUGCAACUGGAGCACUGGCAAACUUGGGAGCUGAUGAGAAAUGCAGCUUGGAGGUGGCUGUAGCAGGUGGAAUCCAUGCUUUGGUGAUGCUUGCUCGCAAUUGCAAAUUUGAUGGAGUGCAAGAGCAGGCUGCUCGUGCCUUGGCUAAUUUGGCUGCUCACGGGGAUAGCAACAGCAAUAAUGCUGCUAUUGGACAAGAGGAAGGUGCGCUGGAAGCCCUGGUGCAACUUACCUUUUCUCAAAAUGAAGGUGUUAGGCAGGAAGCUGCUGGUGCUUUGUGGAAUUUGUCAUUUGAUGACAAAAAUCGAGAAGCAAUUGCGGCAGCUGGUGGUGUUGAGGCACUGGUUGCCCUCGCUCAAUCUAGCUCGAGUGCUUCCCGAAGUCUUCAAGAAAGAGCUGCAGGUGCCAUUUGGGGAUUGUCGGUAUCAGAAAGUAACAGCAUUGCUAUCGGAAGACAAGGUGGUAUUGCUCCACUUAUUGUCUUAGCACGUUCAGAUAUUGAAGAUGUCCACGAGACUGCUGCUGGAGCACUCUGGAAUUUGGCCUUUUAUCGUGAAAAUGCUCUCCAUAUAGUACAAGAUGGUGGAGUUAAACCUCUCAUUCAUCUAUGCUCUUCAUCAAUAUCAAAAAUGGCUCGUUUUAUGGCUGCAUUAGCCUUAGUUUACAUAUUCGAUGGCAGGAUAGACGCAUCUGAAAGUUCAAAGACUCUGAACAUGGAUGGGGUUGGGAGGAUCGCCUUAAAGCAUGUUGAAGGCUUUGUAAACUCAUUGUACGAUCCACAAUCCUUUCAUACUGCAGCUUCAUCAUUGGUCCCCACUCCUUUGGCACAGAUAGCAGAAGCCAUAAGAAUACAAGAAGCAGGACAUCUAAGAUGCAGUGGAGCCGAAAUUGACAGAUUUCUCAGAAUGUUAAGGGACCCUUCUUCUAUGCUAAAGUCCUGUUCUGCAUUUGCUCUUUCGCAGGAAAGUACCUAUUCUCUUUAUCUUAUCAAUUAAAAAAUAUAUAUUUGUUUU